AAGUAGUUUUGUAAGAUAUUCCACGCUGAUCGUUGAUAAUAGAUGACACUUUGUGGACGUUUUUGCUGUAUUGUCAACAGAAACAGAACAUUCCUUCAGACGACAGUGUCACGUUUUCUCCUGGCGAUGUCUGAGAGCCUGUUCACCCCUCCCCCUGGAGUCAGGGGCAUGGAAGUGCUGGACAGACAGGCUUUCAACCUGACUGUGCAAGUACCAGCGAUCAAGAUACCAACGAAAGCCAUCGGUGGACUACUGAAGCCCCUGAAAAGUAUCCUGUUGAAGCGGCCAAACACAAAGAAAGUAGUGGACAUUCCUGAUGACCAGCAGCACAAGGUCCUGCUGUUUGACCCUGACAAGGUUGAGCCUGAGGAAAACCUGACAGGAGAGCAUGGCAAACUGUUACAGGAGAAUGGGGUAACAGCUGCUCCACAUCUAUAUGACCUACAGCUGGGUUAUGAGAGUUGGACAGCACAGGAGGUUCUGACUGCUGUCCUGCCAGAGGGAGAGGUAACCACAGCAUUCAGCAGGGUCGGGCAUAUCGCUCACCUGAACCUCCGGGAUCACCAGCUCCCAUACAAGACCCUCAUAGGUCAGGUGAUCAUGGAUAAGAACCAGGGCAUCACGUCAGUGGUGAACAAGACCAACAUCAUCAACAACACCUUCAGGUUCUUCUCCAUGGAGCUGAUUGCUGGUGAAGACAAAACUACAGUCACAGUCAAGGAGAACCACUGCUCCUUCGAAUUUGACUUUGCCCAAGUCUACUGGAACCCUCGUUUAGGAACUGAACAUGAAAGAAUCACCAACAAGCUCAGGGCACGAGAUGUUGUAUAUGACGUGUUUGCAGGGGUGGGUCCAUUCUCCAUCCCUGCUGCUAGGAAGAGAUGUGAAAUCCUGGCAAAUGACUUGAACCCUGAGUCCUACAAAUGGCUGGUGCACAACACAAAGCUGAACAAGGUACAGGACAGGGUCAGAACUUUCAAUAUGGAUGGCAGACAAUUUAUUCAGGAGGUCGUGAAGAAAGACAUGAUUGACAGGUGUCAAGCAGAGGAUGCAGAUCUUCAGGAUCACACGAGUCACGUGAUCAUGAACCUGCCUGCCAUGGCGGUGGAGUUCCUGGACGCAUUCGUCGGACUGCUGGCAGGGGAGACGUUACAGGAGUACCGACCUCCCAUGAUCCACUGCCACACCUUCUCCAAGGCUGACGACCCGGCAGCAGAUGCCAGACACAGGGUGGAGGAGGUGUUGGGGGCUGCCCUGCCGAAGGACCACUACAUACACAGAGUAAGAGAUGUGGCCCCAAAUAAGGAGAUGAUGUGUGUGUCCUUCCAGAUGCCACUGGAUGUGCUACUCACCCACCAGGGUGGUACAGACCAUGCUGAACCAGACAGAAAGAAGUUGAAGACAGAGACAUGAAGCACAAGGGGAGCAGUAUCCAGACUUCAGUGCUAAGAAUGUGCUGUCUCAAAAACUUGAAUUCUGACCCUAAUAUAGUGUUUUGUCAGCUUCAAAUGUUAAAAUCUAUCAUAACCAUAAUAGAUAUUGUGG